ACAAGUGCGAUCCAUAGAUCUCUAGUUAUUUGGCCACUCAGAACCUUUGCUAAAAAAAAAAAGAGCACAAAAAAAAAAAAAAAAAAAGGAAAGACCUUAUUCGUCUCCCACUUCUUCUUCCUCAUCUAAUUCUAAAUCUCCAAAAAAGUAUGAUGUGUUCUUAAGUUUCCGUGGCGAAGACACUCGCAACAACUUCACAUCGUUCCUUCUCCGUGAGUUGAAGGAAAAGGGAAUUCAUGAUACCUUCAUAGACGAUAAACUCAAAAGUGGAAAAGAUAUUUCCGAACUGUUUAAAAAAAUAGAAGAGUCAAGUUGUUCAAUUAUCGUUCUCUCAAAAAACUAUGCUAAUUCAACAUGGUGCUUGAAAGAACUUGUCAAGAUUCUUGAUUGCAGGAACAUCAUGGAGCAUAUUGUUUUACCGAUUUUUUUCCUUGUGGGACCAACUGAUGUGAAAAACAAGACUGGAGCAUUUGGAGAAGCAUUUAUGAAGCACAAACAAGAUUUUAGGAAUAAAAAGGAGAAAGCAAAAAUAUUGACCGAAAAUGAAAGAGAAAAUAUCGAGAAAGAGCUUAAAAGUUAGGAAGAUGCGUUAGCACAAGUCGGCGGAAUUUCUGGAUUCCCUUUGACUGAAAGUUGUAUUUUUAUGAAGGGAUAAUCAAGCAGAAUUUAUCGAUGAAUUUGUUCUAAAGGUAUCAAAAGAAUAUGUUGGUUCUCCAGAUAUAAUUUUUGAUGGCCUAUUUGGAAUGCAUUCACGCAUGGAGAAGCUGAAAUCAUAUGUUUAUAAAUCAAAGAGUGGUGCUGAGUUUAUUGGAAUAUGUGGGAUGGGUGGUAUAGGCAAAACAGAAAUUGCCAGAACUUUUUAUGCAUUGGAGACUUCUCAAUUUGAAAGUAUUAGCUUUCUUGAAAAUGUUAAAGGAAAUGAUCUAAAGUCCCUGAAAGAACAGCUUGUUUCAGAUACUUUGAGGAAAGAAUGCAUAACCUACCGUGGAACUAUAAGAAAUAGAUUAUGUCGUAAAAAGGUUCUCAUCGUUAUUGAUGAUGUAGAUCGUCUAGACCACCUAGAAACUCUGGCUGGGAAACGCGAUUGGUUUGGUUCAGGGAGUAGAUGCCAUGGGUGCUUGUCGAUUCUGAGAGAUGCCCUGCCUCAAUUGGCUGCCAAUUUUCGUUAUAGAAGCCCAUAUUUACAGUUUUCUGGUUUCAAAAAGGUCUGCAGAGUAGCCUGCCACCAACAGCAAAAGACGUCAGCAGCAACACAGUUACCACUUAGAAAGAGAGCUUCAUGAACAAAAGGACACUACAACAUAUAAUAUGCAAGGGAAAGAAAUACAAACUAUAUAUUCUUUGAUGAGCAAAUCAACAGAAUGUAAACAGAUUCAAUUUAGGUAUUGCUAAUAAUGGUCCAAAACAAAUUCAUGAACAUCUUUUUUAGUACAAUAUGUGUUACUUCCUCUUAGCUAACAACAGUUUGGUUUCAAAUCCACAUGAUCAAUAAAGCCAAAGCA